UUUAUUCCUUGUAAUUUAAAAUAGUAGAUUUAAGUAGGAAGCGAACCCCAACUUGACAUCUUAGCUUAUUAGUUGAAGUUUGCAGCCGCCAUUUUAAUCUAUUACUAAUUACAAUGGCAUUAUCUGUGAUAACGUCAUAAAGACCCCUAUAUGUAAUGCCAAGAUUCCGUAGCUUUUGAUGUUUGAACAGCCCACCUAUGCCUGGACUUAAUUUUUCUUUUGGAUGCAAAUUCAAGGUUUUUAUUUCUUUUUUAAUAUAUUGCUAGUUAAGAUGUUCAAAGCUCAAACCUUGGCCAAGCUUUCGGUAAUGGUCUUCAAUGGAGAACAGCAAAGUUCUGCACAUAGUGAUGUUCCCAUGGCUUGCAAUGGGACAUUUCAUUCCCUUCUUUCGUCUUUCCAAGCUCUUAGCCCAAAGGGGUCACAGAAUCUCCUUCGUAUCAACCCCAAGAAACCUCUCUAAACUUCCCAAAAUACCAUCAAACCUCUCAUCUAAAAUUACCCUCGUAUCCUUCCCUUUGCCUGAAGUACCCAACUUACCAUCCCUAGCUGAAUCCUCCAUGGACAUUACUCAUAACCAGCAGCAACCACUCAAGCACGCCUUUGAUCUGCUACAACCGCUUCUAACUUCUUUCCUCGAAUCCUCAAAACCUGAUUGGAUCAUUUAUGACUAUGCUUCUCAUUGGCUUCCGUCAGUAGCAGCGCAGCUAGGUGUCUCACGCGCCUUCUUUGCUGUCUUCACAGCUGCAUGUUUAUCCUUCCUCGGUCCACCUUCAGCGUUGAUUAACGGUGGAGAUGGUGCAAGAUCAACGGCUGACGACUUCACAAAAGUCCCCAAGUGGGUCCCUUUUGAAUCCAACCUGGCUUACCGUUUGCAUGAAAUUACCAAAUACGUCGAGAGAACGGAUGAGGAUACAUUUGGACCACCUGACACGGUCCGGUUCGGUGUUACGAUUCAAGAGAGUGAUGUUGUUGUUAUCAGAAGUUCUGAUGAGUUUGAACCGGACUGGUUCAAUCUUUUACGUCAGCUUUUUGAAAAACCGGUAACACCGGUUGGUUUUUUGCCGCCAAUACUGGAAGAAGAUGAGAUUCAGAAAGAUGAAAAAUGGGUUGUUGUUAAAGAAUGGUUGGAUAAACAGAGAGUAAACUCAGUAGUAUAUGUUGCGCUGGGGACUGAGGUUCAUUUGAGUAAAGAAGAACUCAGUGAUUUGGCGAUGGGGUUGGAGAAGUCAGGCUUACCUUUCUUUUGGGUGUUAAAGAAGUCGCCCGGGUCAUCUCAGUCAGAGUUGGACAUGUUACCAGAUGGACUUGAGGAGCGAGUCAAGGGACGCGGGUUUGUUCACUUGGGGUGGGUUCCACAAGUGAAGAUACUGAGUCACGAGUCCAUCGGGGGAUUCUUAACUCACUGUGGUUGGAACUCGGUUAUAGAGGCACUAGGGUUGGGACGGGUUUUGAUCAUGUUUCCGGUGUUGAAUGACCAAGGGCUAAAUGCCAGGCUAUUGCACGAAAGAAAAGUCGGCGUAGAGAUACCAAGGAAUGAGAUAGAUGGAUCGUUUACAAGUGAUGAGGUGGCGGAGUCAGUGAGGUUGGCGGUGGUGGAGGAAUCGGGCCAGUCGUUGAGAGAAACAGUACAAGCAAUAAAGAGUUACUUUGGUGACAAGGGCAGGAACGACGGUUACGUCGAUAAAUUUGUUCGUCAACUAGAGGAGAACAGGAAGUGAGGAGGUUCAAGGCUUUUAUGAAUAAAAUCAUAAAGAAAUUACAAGAAUGUACGGUAUUGUACCAAGUAAUUAUUAAUCUUUACUGACCAAGGAUGAUGCUUGGAAAGAAUAAUAAUUUCCAUUCACUAUAGAAUCAGGCAUGGUAGCCCAUCUGUACAAUGUAUGGUUAAGACUUGACAUUUUGCUAUUUUGAAAAACAAAACUAUGAGCCGUCUGAGAUGCUGCUAUUGGUAAUACAAAAAGAAUGGAAACCUAACCUAACCUAGAAAGAGAUUAUUGUACAUAUAUAUGUUAAUAUCCAGAUUUCUGUCUCACCUCCUUGUUAUGAACUAAAAGAAAAUUGAAUAGCUAAAAAGAAGCAUCUCAUCUUCAACAGCAUUCUGAAAGAUCUGCCCAUCCCAUAAUGUUACAGAAGGGUCUGAAUCAUUUAUGUUGGAUACAAUGCUCAGAUGAUGUUGAAAGAUUCAAUAGCAUGCAUGCUUCAUCUUCAUGGGCUAAACAUAUAGAUGAAAUAUGGCUCCAA